UUUUUUUUUGUCUUUUUCAUUUUUUAUCGGUACCAGGGAUCGAACUCACAACUGCCUGCUUGCAAGGCAGGCGCUUAUGCCGCUGAGCUAAACCCCCAGCCCCGCCCAAACACUAUUUGGGAAGGAUCAGCCACGGGUUCAUUCCCUUCCUGGGCCCAUCAUGCUGCCCCUUUACCUGGCCAGCAGGCCUCAGGAUUUCUCCAGCCUGAAGGUCUUGAGCAUGGAGGGAGAGAAGCUAGGGUAACAUGUACAAAAGCACCUGAGACCGUGAAAACCUUGUUCCCAGGCACGAGUCCCUGCUCCUCAGUGCACGCUCCACUCCCUGCACCUUCAGGAAGUCCUGUCCCAAAUCAAGUCCUUGCUGUUGGUCUUGCCCUCUGCCCCUGCCAAACUCAGGGCGGGGGGAAUAGUAGCCCCAGCUCCUUGGGAGGGGAUAGGCACAGGAAACCAAGAAAGAGGAACUUGGGCUUCCGGCUUCCCUGGCACUGAGCAGUUGGAGGUAUCCCAGAACUACUUCUGGGGGCUUCACUGGGGACCCAGCCUGAAAUGAGGGGCUAGAAGCUGCCACAGCUCACUCCUUUCUAACUCAGUCACCCCACCCCACGCACACAGCCUCCCACCCCCCUGUGGCCCACAGGCACAGGCUAAGGCUGGGAAUUAGGUGCAGGGCUCAGAGAUGGAGCUGUCCUCUCAGGACUCCUUGCAUAGGGGUCAGCCAAAUGCUCAGGCAAAACCUUGGCUCCUCUCCCCAGACCCCCAAGCUGUGGUGAGGGUCCUGGAGCUGGCACCACGGAGCCUGGGCAGGCCCUUCCACCCACCCAUGCCCACCCCGAAUGAGGCUGAGAAGCAGCACACAGGGCCAGAAGAGGCGGACAGGCCCCCCUCAAUGUCCAGCCAUGACACGGCUCCCCGGCCGGCCCCCAGCCGCAACCCAUGCUGCUUAUGCUGGUGCUGCUGUUGCAGCUGCUCCUGGAACCAAGAGCGGCGACGAACGUGGAAGGCCUCCCAUGAUAGCAAGCUGCAGCCCCUCCCCAGCUGUGAAGUGUGUACCCCACCGAGCCCCGAGGAGGUGCAGAGCUGGGCGCAGUCCUUCGACAAGCUGAUGCACAGCCCUGCAGGCCGCAGCGUGUUCCGAGCGUUCCUGCGCACAGAGUACAGCGAGGAGAACAUGCUCUUCUGGCUGGCCUGUGAGGAGCUGAAGACUGAGGCCAACCAGCAUGUGGUGGAUGAGAAGGCACGACUCAUCUAUGAAGACUAUGUGUCUAUUCUCUCCCCAAAGGAGGUGAGCCUAGACUCCCGAGUACGGGAGGGCAUCAACAGGAAGAUGCAGGAGCCAUCUGCACACACGUUUGAUGACGCACAGCUGCAAAUCUACACUCUUAUGCACCGGGACUCCUACCCUCGCUUCCUUAGCUCCCCCACCUACCGCGCCCUGCUGCUUCCAGAGCGCCCACAGUCCUCUGAGGCCUAGGCCACUGCCGUGGCAGCUACUCCACCUCCACGUGGGCAGAGUCCAGGCUCACACCCACGGCUUCACCUGGCUGGAUGGGGGUCCCAAACCCUGAAACCAGACCCAGUCCCAGCGGAAAGUACCACACCCCCUGGCUCUGUCUUCCCUGGUCCAACAGGAGCUCUAGCCACAAGGUGAGGUGGAAGCCCCUCAGCAGCCUAAGGUUGCCAGCCUAGUGCUCCCGACAGCCCGAGGAUGAAUGUUGGGCCCACAGCUUUGGUGAGGCCUCCUUCAGGCAGCCGUGUACCCAGGACAUGCUUCUAGGGGAGAACAAAGCCUCUAUACCAUCUGCUUUGUAGCAGGACACACUUCUGCUUGAGCUAUCUGCACCUCAGAACCAGAUGUGGAACCUCAGAACCAGGCUCAAGUGACAAGACCUGAUUAUAUUUUAUAUGUUCAUGAACUUUAACCUGGGAACAUAUCCUUGCUGUAUGUUUUAUCAGAAAGUGCGAGGGGGGGCGGGGUGGCAGGAGUUGGGGAGAGAAAUACUUUUUCCAUUUCUCUGCACCCUAAAAACAGGAUGUCUUAUCCUCGAA